UGAACCGGUGGGAAAUUUGACAGUGCGCGAAAGAUUAACUCCAAACAAACAAUAACCGGGAAUUUAUUGAUGUUUACACGACAUGGACCGGUACGUGUUGGUUAUAUCCUUUUGCCAAACUGAUGACAACCUGUCGGAGGAUUAUAAAAGUUUGGAGCCAGUGAAGCAGAUACAUGACAGACUUGUGGACAUCUCAACUCAGGAAUCAGUGAGAGGGGUCUCUGUGUUUCCAGCUUGCUCUCUCAGUGGCAGCCCAUCAGUCCAGAGGUGGUGCUUUGCUCUUCAGGCGUGCCAAGGAUUAACGCAGUUUUGCAGCUCAGACUGGGAAGAGCUUGGGACGUGCCAUCAGAAAACUGACAGUGAGGAGGAGAAGUCCACUGCUGUGGAGUCAUGUCUCAGUUCUCUGAGUAAUCAGGAGGGUGACCAGCCAGCACUGACAGAGCUUUUAGAGGAAGCUGCAGAAGGACUGCAUCUACUGUCAGACAAGCUGCCACCUCCAGGUAAAGCCUUGUUGGAUGUUCUGGUGUUGGGCUCUGCGGAACAGUCCCCUCCUAUUAAAGACCUGCUGCCUCUCCUGGGAGCCCUCAAACACUUGUCCUGCUGGCAUGCCGCUAAGAUCACUGUCGUCACACAGCACACAACUGGGUGGCAGAAAGCAGCAUCCUACCUGAGUGCCUGUCUGGUGGAGCCUACUGACCUACCCAGCUGUAUCGACCAUAAAGAAGUGUGGAGGGGCGGCCUGGUUAUCAGAGAGAAGAAGUAUGUGUCGGAGCUCCGUUUCGAUGGCUUUUCUCUGCGCUGUCCAGUGCAACAGAAGACAGGGUCCAGUCUUUUGCGCGCUCCCUACAUGACUACAGACCACAAACUACAGUCUGAGGUCUUCCAUUACUACGCACCAGUUUUAGAUUUGGUUCAACUGGUUGAUCUAUCAGGACUGCCCAAGUUUCUGAUGUCCGGAACCCAGUUUGAACUAAAUCUGUCUGGGAAAUCAAUGAAAGCUAAACUUCUGUUGGACCAGCUGAGAUCACUGCGUGGAAAGGUUGGAGCAUUGUUCAGCCUCUCCUGUAUAAUCACCCCCAUCAUCCAGCCUGCAGCCAGCCAACUCAGCUCCCAGCGCUGGAGAGAGUCUAUAGCUAGGAGACCAAAGUCCUUACCUGUGCCUGAUGUAGAGGUGAAAGGUGAGAGUGCUCACUACUUCCUGUUGGUCCAGGGCUCAGAGGAUGUUGGGUGUGGAACAUGCAGGGUCAGGAUGUUGCACUCAGACAGUCAAAUCAAUGGAGCAGCUGCCAUGGCAACCGUCUCUGGGUUGCUGAGAGAGAAGUCUCUGUCAUCCUCAGGAGGCGCUGUAGGCAACAUCCUCUAUCCCCUGCCCUGUCUCCAAGGAGACAGCUUGCUGAAGAGAGAGAGGAAGGUGACCCAGGUCCAGACACUGUUACUCAAAGAAUACCUCAGACAGAAAGAAGAAGCAUCGGCUUCAACUUCAAUACCUGUCAAUGACCUGAAGGUCAUUCUAAAUCUAGCCAGGGAGCAAUAUCUGAAGAUGAUUGACUCCACUCUACCCUCUACUGCUAUCUCUCUGACAGUCGAGAAGGAGAGCAUGGCCGCCAAGAACUCAGGUUUUCAGACCGUUUCCAACCUGCAAUCUGACUGGCCCGAGAGGAGCGUCCUCCACAACUUAGAGAACCUGCAGAGGAGGCGACAGAAGAGGAGAUUUGGUCUGCUAGGUCCAGGCUCCAGUGACAGUCUGCUGGGUCCUAAAGACAGUCAAAAGGGCUCCACUGCUUUAUUGGACGCCAAAGAACUUCUAAAACACUUCACAUCUGAUGGCCUGCCUGUUGGAGAGCUACAACCACUGGCUAUCAAUAGAGGUAAUAAUGUGUUUCAGUUGUCACCAGACCUCUCUCCCAGGAGAGUCAGCCAGAUGCCCUUCAACAAAGCAUCAGCCUCACAUUACCAUGGCAUAGAGUUCUGUCUGGACAACUUACGGUCUUUGGACCGGGACCAGGCCUUUGUAAAACUCCAGUCCCGUCUGAUUCGCUACGAGACCCAAACCACCUGCUCGAAGGAGCCUUGUGCUCUCCCCUUCGCCCUCAGCCCCGCCCCCUCCCCUGCAGUAAUGUCAGAACCAGGAAGUGUGCCUGACGGGGAGACUCUGCAGAACGCUGAUGUAGCAAGGCUUAAGCGCAGGUCGUGGGACACGGACGUCAUUGGAGGUCAUCCUCGCAAGAGGCUGGUGAAGUCAGAGAGCAGUGACUCCCUCUGUUCUCAGAGCAGUGGCAGCAGUGGGACACACCCUGCCAUUAGGUCUCUACGACAACAGCCGAGCAGAUCCCAAUCCACCUCCUCGUCCAAUAGUCCUGCUUCUUCUUCAGCAGCAAGACGGACAUCCUCAGGUUUGGUGACUCUUCCCUCUGCUGACAAACCUAAACCUCAACAGCAGAAGACACAUCAUGAACAAACAGAGGACAAAACAGCCAAAGAGUCACGCUCACAGAAACACAACAGGAUGCUGCUGGAUGUAGUAGCUAAAACACUGAAACAGCACGGGAUCACUGCCGAGCAUGAGUGCUCUGAGGCCUGCAGCAAAAGGCUGUUUGAUAUCUCAAAAUUCUAUCUCAAG